GAGUGAAAAAGGAUUGAGAUUAUGGAUCGGGAUCGAGACAGGGAUCGAAACCGUGACCAGUCGAGUCGAAGCAAGAGGAGGAGACGAGAUCAUGAAUACUGGGUUUCUGGUAAUCCUCCUAAGGUCUGGUCCUCCCGUCGCUACCGCCCCUCAGUGAACUAGAGCUUAGACCACAGGGAAAGCUUACGGUGACAGUAGUGAAGGCAAAUGAUCUUAAGAACAUGGAAAUGAUUGGAAAAUCUUAUCCUUAUGUUGUUGUGUACAUUCGACCAUUGUUCAAGGUUAAAACAAAGGUCAUUGACAAUGACCUGAACCCCAUUUGGAAUCAAACAUUUGAGCUGAUUGCAGAAGACAAGGAGACACAGUCUCUUAUUCUUGAUGUUUUCGAUGAAGAUGUUGGGCAAGACAAACGAUUGGGCAUAGCAAAAUUAAAGCUGAUUGAGCUGGAAGCUAAAACUCCAAAAGAGGUUGAAGUGAGACUCUUUCCAUCACUUGAUAUGCUUAAAAUAAAAGAUAAGAAGGAUAGAGGAACUCUUACUGUUAAGGUGUUGUAUCAUCAAUUUAAUACAGGAGCAAUUGGCCGCCUUAGAAGCUGAAAAGAUGAUCCUAGAAGAGAGAAAGAAACUGAAAGCAGCAGGAGUUAUAGGAAUUGGAUGAUUCAGGUAUAUAAUCAUCAUUUUGGUGAAGAUGAUUGAUGACUUGAUGAAGCUGAAGAGAGCUGUGGAUGAAGUUAUUUUCAGAGAAUUUGGAGAGCACACUGAAUAUUGUUAUUUUUUUGAUUUUGUAUUGUCAUAUUGUAUUUAAAGGGGUUUUAUUUAUUUAUUUAUUUUAUGGGAAAUUGAAAAAUGAAUGCUCAUUUA